GAGCAAAGUUUAUCAACCUGAUUAGAUGUGGCUACAUUUUAAUAGCAUGUCUCAGAUUACUACACUUAUAAGAGUGAGAUCUACAAUGGCUUUACAGGAGAGAAUCAAAGUGGUGCUCCUGGCCUGUGGAUCUUUUAACCCCAUCACCAACAUGCACCUGCGCAUGUUUGAGCUGGCUCGGGAUCACCUGGAGGACACGGAUAGGUACAGAGUGGUAAAAGGCAUCAUCUCUCCUGUUGGUGAUGCAUAUAAGAAGAAGGGCCUGAUCGAAGCGUGCCAUCGGUUGGAGAUGGCCAGACUAGCUACAGAAAACUCUAACUGGAUUAAUGUGGAUGACUGGGAAAGCCAGCAGGCUGAGUGGGUGGAAACAGCCAAAGUUGUCAGACACCAUCAUUCUGAACUGUCGUCAGCUGAGAAAAAUUAUGACGAGAUGGACACAGUCAGGUCUGCAAAAAGAAAAAGACUGGAGGACAAUGAUGGAGGUCCUUCAAAUCACAGCACAUCAGAUGCUCCUCAGGUCAAGCUUCUUUGUGGAGCUGAUGUGCUGGAAUCCUUUGCUGUGCCCAAUCUGUGGAAGCCAGAAGACAUUGCAGAGAUUGUGGGUAAACAUGGUCUUGUGUGCAUCACCAGAUGCGGCUAUGAUGCUGAUAAGUUCAUCUACCAGUCUGAUGUACUACACAAGCACCGUAAAAACAUCCACAUUGUGAGAGAGUGGGUGACAAAUGAUAUUUCAGCCACUCAUAUUCGACGAUUACUGCGCAGGGGGAAGAGUGUGCGCUACCUGCUGCCUGAUUCUGUUCUACAUUACAUACAGGAUAGGAAGCUGUACAGUGCUGAAAGUGAGCAGAAGAAUGCAGAUGUUAUACUCGCACCUCUCCAGAGAUAUAAGAAAAUGCCUGCCAGCCUGUGUGGAAAAUGGGAGAUGAUCAGUAACAGUAACCUUGAGGGAUAUAUGAUUGCUUUGGGAACUGGCCUGUCCACUCGUAAGAUUGCUCUGAAACUAAAGCAUUAUAAAGUGAUUGAGCAGGUUGGUGGUGUGUUUGUUAUAAAAACUAUCAGCACGUUUAGGAACUAUGUCUUCUCCUUCAGAAUGGAUGAAGAGUUUGAUGAGUUUACCAAGAGCCUUGAUGGGAGACAGUGCAAGUCAUUGGUGACAUGGUUGGGAAACAAGAUGGUGUGUAAUCAAAAAGGAGAAAAGAAGAACAGAGGCUGGGCUCAUUGGAUUGAGGAUGAAAAGCUGCAUCUGGAGCUGUAUUGUGAGGACCAGAUCUGCAGGCAAGUUUUCAAAAGGGUUGCUUAAAGAGUUGCUGAUGAAGAAGUAAAGCAGUUUAUGAGUUUCAUAUCACAGAAACUUAAAAGGACUAAAAGUUUGGCCAUUGUACUCACACAAUUGGGUUCAUCAGGAAGCCAGACUUUGAAGGCCUUUGAAUCUUCGUUGAUGGCAUUGCCAUUGGGAAACAUAGCACCUGUCCUGUCCUGCAGGAUUACCUAGAUAUGGGUCUAAUAUUUGUUUUAUGGACUGCUGGAACUGAAAAAUAGAACCGAGUGCAAUGAAUGAGGCUUGAAGUCAAAAACAGGCAAUAAAUCACCACUAGAUGGUGGCAGCAUAAUUAAAAUGAGCCUGAUGGGAAAAGCUGCAUUAUGCAAGUACUGCAUUAAGCUUUUGAAUAUUUUUAGUCAAUCACUAAAAGAGUCGAUUCUUUGAUGAUAAGCAUUGGUUAGAAAGUCGACUCCUUGUCGAUUCCACACAAUAAAGGUGAUUCAGGUCGGGUCUUACGUCUCAAGUAUCAGUAGACUCAAAAACAAAUAGACGAAAAGUAAAUAGACGAAAAGUAAAAAGCUAUUUGUGUUGGCUGUUGGUACAAUAUUUUUACUAGAACAGCCUAGUUUACAGCUUUUGUUUACUUGUGUAUACUGAAGAACACAGUCCCUUUUCAAUAAAAGUACUCUAUAAAUCAAAGUAAAGUACUGUGUUAGUAGUCAUUCAGUUUUUGGUUGUGGUGUGUAUUUUUUAAACAGUAAGUGUGCCAUUAAAGUUGCUUUGUGAUCAUUUCCUGUUAAUACAAUAUGAUUUCUGUUAUAAGGGAAGCUGUAGCCUAGUGGUUAAGGUACUGGACUAGUAAUCAGAAGGUCACUGGUUCAAGCCCCAUCACUGCCAGGUUGCUGCUGUUGGGCCCCUGAGCAAGGCCCUAAACCCUCAAUUGUUCAAACUGUACACUGUACCUGUAAUGUAAGUCGCUUUGGAUAAAGGCGUCUGCUAAAUGCCAAAAACGUUAAUGUAAACGUUAUUCCCAAAAUUGUAAAUUAUUGUAAAAUGUAUUAUUAUUAGUAGUAGUAGUAUCAUUAUUUUGAGUACAUCACGGCAGAGACAUUUUGGAAAUGGGGUCUGCUUGCACCUGUUAAGUAUGUCUGUUUUUUUGUUUUUAAAAUGUAAUGUGUUAAUAUUUGCUAAAUGUGAAUUGCUUAGUUUGCCAUACAAAUGCUUUCAAUGUAAUAAAGGAU